AUCAAAGGACUGACCAGAGAAAAAAAAACAGCUAACACAAAUUUUUCAUCAAAGUUUCACGACUUUUCUCCAGUAUUUUGUCGAUGUUUGUGGCGUAAAUUGGCGUGUGUAAUCCAGAAUUUGUUUUAAAUUUCGAUUGCUGGCCGAAGGACGAGCUAAAUUUCGGUAUUGAAGCUGAGAAUAGGUUGCAUAUAAGAAAAAAUCGUAUAUAACUCCUUUAGACAUAGCCUAUCAUAUCGCAGUGGAUAAGUUCGGGGCACUUUGUACGCGAUACUUUGGUCAGAUCAGCAUUUGGAUCAAACAUUUGGUAAUGGAAUUACAACAGCUCCAACGCAAACAGACUUCGACUUCCUCCUCAUCCUCAUCUGGUGCAUCGCCAGGAAACGCAGUAGGUGGUACCAGUGCAAGCAACAAGAACGACUACGACAGUUCCCACAGCAGCAGCAACACCGAAGACUACACAGAGACUGACGAACGGCGCCGUCGGAUCAUGAAGAGCCGUGCAAGAAAUAACCGUUUGAUGCAAGCGCAACACCAACAACAGAGCUCGGUAGCGCUAGUUAAACCAUCAUCCGCUUUGAAGAAGCAGCUAGACGCUGAAGAUCGCAUCACACUGGUCGUGGACAAUACGACCUUCUCGAUCAAUCCUGCCCUGUUCACUGCACAUCCGAACACCAUGUUGGGCCGAAUGUUCAGCUCCGGUUUGGAAUUCACACAUCCCAACGAACGCGGUGAGUACGAAGUGGCAGAUGGUAUCUCACACACGGUUUUUCGUGCCAUUUUGGAAUACUAUCGCAACGGGGUGAUCCGCUGUCCACCGACGGUUUCCGUGCAGGAACUUCGCGAGGCCUGCGAUUACUUGCUGAUUCCAUUCACGGCUGAUACGAUCCGAUGCCAAAAUCUACGUGGACUGCUGCACGAACUGAGCAACGAGGGAGCCCGCGAACAAUUCGAAGUAUUUCUAGAAUCGUUGAUCUUGCCGCUUAUGGUGGCUUCAGCAGAGCGCGGAGAUCGCGAAUGUCACGUAGUUGUGCUUUCAGAUGACGAUGUUGUCGACUGGGACGAAGAAUAUCCUCCUCAAAUGGGUGAAGAGUACUGCCAAACCGUGUCCAGCACAGCUAUGUAUCGUUUCUUCAAGUAUAUUGAAAAUCGUGAUGUGGCCAAGCAGGUGUUAAAAGAUCGAGGAUUGAAGAAAAUCCGUCUCGGUAUUGAAGGGUAUCCGACGUACAAGGAAAAGAUCAAGAAACGAGCCAGUGGUCGGGUUGAGGUGAUCUACAACUACUUGCAGCGACCAUUUAUUCACAUGUCCUGGGAGAAAGAGGAAGCCAAGAGCCGUCAUGUGGAUUUCCAAUGCGUCAAAUCUAAAUCGGUUACCAACCUGGCAGAAGCUACGGCUGAUCCGGCGUUAGAAUUGGAUUCAGCUGGAAAUCCUCUACCGCAGCGACAUUUCGACAUCUCCAACGAACCCGACGUGGAUGCGAUUCGUCCCAUUGUGGCGGCUAUUGCCAUCGAUGGUGAAGAGGGCGCCGUUGGUGGAUUAGUUAACCCAGAAGAUGCCUGUGGUGCUGACGAACCGUAAACAGCUGCAGAGCGAGAAAUUAGCGCACUAUGGAAAUUUUAUCUGAACUAACUUAAACAUAUGCUAUAAUUGAACUGCUGUAUUCGUUACUAUUUGACAACUAUUACCAUUACAUAGCUGUGCUAGAUAAGCAAAAAUAUCUCAGAAAACUCUUCGUCAGAAGUUGAAAAGGAACAAAUGGGCUCGGAUUUCGGAUGUAAUUUCAUUGUUUUUUUUUUUGGUUUCUUACUGCUUUCACCUUCUACAGCAUUUUUCAUACACUGUAUGUCCAGUCCUUGAUAUCUUCUUUAAAUUUGAUUGUUUCAAAAUUUGUUUAACAAAUAAUAUAAAAGAAGACGGUACGAAAGCUCAAAAGUUGUAGGAGAAAUAUAGUGCUAGAGUUAAUUUUUUUUAUUAACAUAUAUCUCAAUAUUUGGUGUAGCACCAUCUAACUUUAUUCAAUUUUAUUAAUAAACAUCAACUGAACAACCGGAUAGAGAACUGCGGCAACAAUAAAAUUCCUCCUUGAUUGUCCUCCAUCUUUGAAUUAAUUCUCUUAAGUAUAUGGCAAAAUGUAAAAGUCAAAAUAAAAUAAAAUAAUAUUUGUGUUAAUAGGAUAAA